GGCUGGGAGGCUCCAAUCAACAGUCAGCCUUCGUUCGUCACUUCAGCAGCAAGUAGAAACAGCUCGAGAACCAUCCGCAAUGGCAUUCAACUUUGGUCACCUCCUCAUCGCCGGCCUCGUGGCCUUGUCCGCCGUGUCCUCGGAGACCAUCCAGCUGCAGCCCACUCAGGGCAUCCUCAUCCCCGCCCCGCUGGCCGAGAACAUCCGUGUGUCGCGUGCCGCCUACGGAGGAUACGGAGCUGCCCCAGCCGCCCCAUCGUACUCCGCCCCAGCCGCUCCUGCUGCCCAGGCCUACUCUGCUCCAGCUGCCCCAGCCUACUCCGCACCCGCUGCUUCCGCCUACUCCGCACCCGCUGCUCCUGCCUACUCUGCUCCCGCUGCCCCAGCCUACUCCGCCCCGGCCGCACCCGCUUCCAUUCCGUCGCCGCCGUGCCCCAAGAACUACCUGUUCAGCUGCCAGCCCUCCCUGCAGCCCGUGCCCUGCUCCGCCCCACCUCAGUCCUACGGAUCCGCCGGUGCCUAUUCCCAGUACGUGCCCCAGUACGCCGUGCCCUUCGUCCGCGAACUUUAAGGAUCCAACCGAAUUUGACUUGACAUCUGAACCUUAGAAUAAAGUAAUGCUUUCAUAAAAAACA